UAAUCUUACACUAAGUCGAUUGUGUAACAAUUAUCACCAUGUCAAUACACAACACUGCGAUAAUAGUUACAUAUAAGGCCAUGGCCAUUUAUGUUCAGCCAGUACUUCGACCACAUAGCAACAGUCACUAUGGUCAUCAGGAUAUACAAGAAAGACGCUAGUCCACCAGCAAGGGCUGUCCUGAUGGCUGCAGAGAUCAUCAACUUGAAGUGCGAAAUCCAAGAUGUUGACUUAUCGUCAGGACCACACCUUUCUCCAGAAUAUCUUGAGAAGAACACUCUACGUUCAGUACCAUUUUUAGAAGAUGGUGACUUCUACCUGGCUGACAGUCAUGCCAUCAUCACAUAUUUAGUAUCGAAGUAUGGUGCUGAACAUCGAUCGAAGUGGUACCCUUGUGAUUUGAGUGUAAGAGCGACUGUGGACCACCGAAUGUAUUUUGAUACUUCUGAUUUAUUUCCUCAUAUCAAGAAUAUUGUGAGUGUGAUUGUGACGCAAGGGGUAGGUCCUAAUGCUGAACAGAUAAAGGCAAUUAAUGCUGCUUAUGAAGUUUUGGACAAAUAUUUGCAGAAGACGAAGUUUGUGGCAGCCAAUCAUAUGACUCUAGCUGAUGUGUCGUGUGUGGCGAGUGUGUCUUCUCUAAACGUACUAUGUCCUGUCGAUAGCAAGUAUGUUCAUCUCCUAAAAUGGUGGGAUACGUUGAAAGAGGAAGAGUGGUACAAAAAGGCAAAUGAACCCGGAUUGGCUAAGUUAGAAGCGUAUGUUAAGUCGAAAUGGAAUAAGUAAAAGUGAUUAUUUCAUUGAAUAUUUCGUUUUUUAAUAAACUUUUUAAGUAAUGUAAA